AUGACCCACGACUCCAUCGGCCUGGGCGAGGACGGCCCCACCCACCAGCCCAUCGAGCACCUGGCGUCCUUCCGCGCCAUGCCCAACAUGCUGAUGAUCCGCCCCUCGGCCGGCAAUGAGACCGCGGGCGCCUACAAGGUGGCCGUGGCCAACCGCAAGCGCCCCACCACCAUCGCGCUGUCGCGCCAGGGCAUGCCCAACCUGCCCGGCUUGAGCGCCGAGGGUGUUGAGAAGGGCGCCUACAUCAUCAAGGACAGCGAGGGCACCCCCGACGUGAUCUUCAUCGGCACCGGCAGCGAGCUGGAGCUGGCCUACAAGGCGGCCGAGGCUCUGGAGAAGGACGGCAAGAAGACGCGCGUCGUGUCCUUCCCCAGCUGGGAGCUGUUUGAGGAGCAGAGCGCCGAGUACAAGGAGAGCGUCUUCCCCGCCUCCGUCACCCGCCGCGUGGCCGUGGAGGCCGGCUGCAGCCAGGGCUGGCACAAGUACAUCGGCCUGCAGGGCGCCUUCAUCGGCAUCGACUCCUUCGGCGCCUCCGCCCCCGCCCCCGUGCUGUACGAGAAGUUCGGCAUCACCCUGGACAACAUGGCAGAAAAUACUCCUGCAGCGCUAGUGGAGGAGGAGCAGGGUGCAGGUCUCGCUAAUCGCGACGAGGACGCCGGCUUCUCGCCCAAUCGUCCAGCAGCAGCAUUUUCCGUUCUUUGCAACGAGCGUGGGACUGCCGUCGAGGACACUUUUGUCCUUAUGGACGACCUGCUGCUUGAGCCAGCGUUGCUGCCAGGCGGCGGCGACGCGCAGCCCGCUGCCUGCGACGCGCCUUCUCGGCAUGUUCCGGCGGUGCGCCUCUUCGGUGUUUACGACGGCCACGGAGGGGGUGCCGCAGCCAAGCAUUGCGCACGCCGGCUGCACCAUUUUGUGGCUGCGCGGCUGCGGGCAGUGCUGCGGCCGGGGUCAAGCGGGGGCGCGGUGCUGGACGGCAGCGUGCUUGACUCGCCCGAGGUGGCGACUGCCCUGCGCGAGGCUUUUGUCGCUACCGACACUGAGCUGAAGGCGGGCGGCAUGCUCGAUACGAACAGUGGCUCAACAGCUGUCGUGGCGCUGCUGACGCCGUCCACUGUGUGGCUUGCAUGGGCGGGCGACUCCAGGGCGGUGCUCGUGCGCGGCGGCCAGGCUGUGGCGGCCACGAACGACCACCGGCCGGCGCGAGAGGACGAAAAGGAGCGCAUCGAGCAGGCGGGUGGCAUGCUGCUCAACAACGGCGGCCUGCGGCUGAUGGGUAUGCUGGCCACCACGCGCGCCAUCGGUGACCAUGACCUGCAGCCCUACGGCCUCACUCCCGUCCCCGAGGUCAUGCGCCUCCCCCGCAGCAGCGAUGACGAGUUCCUGGUGCUCGCCAGCGACGGGCUGUGGGAUAAGGUGGGACCUCAGGAGGCUGCCAAUUUCGCGCACGGCGCGUGGGCACGCGUCCAGGGCGCGCGCGCCAGCGACUGUGGCGCUCUUGAGAGCGGCGACGCCAGCCCCACGCCAUCGCCUCCGCCGGCCGCGUCGCCGCUUGACGGCCCUGCCCUGUCGCUUGGCCCUGCGCCAUCGCUGGCCUCUGCGCCUUCUCGCGCCCGCGGUGCCAGCGGUCGCCGCCGCAGCACGUGCGGCGCAUGCAAGGCGGCGCGCGUAGCGGCGGCGGCGAUGACCAAGUGCGCUCGCAGCCGUCGCAGCCGCGACGAUACCACCGUUGUGGUUGUGAAUCUGCAGCAGGCCUGCGCCUGCGCCAACAGCUGGGCCACCAUCUGCGCAGACGCGAGCGCGCUGCCUGGCGUCAGCAGCAGCAGUGACAGCGCGUUUGCGGCGCCUUGCAUGGAACGGAGCACAGCACGGGCCGUGCCAUGCGGUAGUGGUGCAACGGCCGCCGUGGCGGGGAGCUGCAGUGGCGGUCCGCAAGGAGUGCUCCAGGACCAGCACGUUGAGCAGCAGCAGCAGCAGCAGCAGCAGCAGCAGCAGCAGCAGCAGCAGCAGGAGCAGGUAGAGACGGAGCAGCCGCAGCAGCAGCAGCAGGCGACCAUCAAGAAGCGGCCUUCACUGCUUGCGGAGGAGGAGGCGUCGAAGCGUCACCACGGACCCUUUGGCACGGCUGUCUCGGCAGGGGCGCCCGCGCGCUUCUGCGAUGGCCUGGCAGAGGCCUCCCCUUUUGCGAUUGGCCAGCCUCUCGACUCUCUGGGGGCGGCUUGCGCGUGCAUGGGCGCUGGCGUGUUCAGUGCAGCGCACGCGGGCACACCGUCGGGGCUCCCAGGUCCGGGCCUGCACAGCAGCAGCCCGGGCCCAGCUUCGGCGGGCCCGUUUGGCAGCAUCGUCGGCAACGGCUGCGCAGCUACCGGGUCUGCCGGCGCCCUGCAGGCGCUGGCGCGGCAGCUGUCCCUGUCCCUCGCGGCGGCGGCGGCCGGCACUGCGGCGCGCGCCGGCAGCGUCAGCCCCAGCCGGGGUGGCGAGGCGCCGCACGAGGUUCUGGAGCGCAUUGCCCGGGAGCGGUCCCUCAGCAGCUCAGGCCACCUGUGUGUCGUGGCGUCGAGCGGCGCCGAGGGGCGCAGCGAUUGGUGA